AGAGACAAGCAAAUACAACACCACACAGCCUCUCAAAUCACCGGUAACCAGAGCUGGACUCACUGGUUUUCCCUGAAGGCUUGUCAGGUAUAAAAGCGUGGGUCCUCAGACCUCAGCCCAAGACCUGGAGUGGGAGGGUCUCACCUGGGGAGACAGGCACCACCACCUGGACCACAGGAUAAGGACUGAGUCCAUCCAGUCCAUCCAUCACCAGUCCAUUUCAGUGCCUCCCUAGCAGGCUUCCUCAAGGUCUGCAUGAAGGUUCUCUGUGGUCACCAUGAAGAUGAGGGCCUCUAGACGGUCUCUGAUGGACACCAGGCCUCUCCUCUGCUUUCUCUCCAAUUCGAUGGCUUCCACAAGUCUCUCACAGGCAACAAGGUACUGUUUGCACCAGAACUUCGUGUUCAUCCUGAAUUUCUCCUCAUACAGAAACAGCAUGCUCAGGGAUCGCCCUUGGUACCUGCCACCUUCUUGGGGCCCCUCAGAAGCCAAGGGCCUGGCAAGCACAGAUCAGUGUCCUUCUCCUAACCCAGACAAGGGAAAGGGUCAUGGUCAGCUUGUGGGAGGCUCCUUUCGAUAGCUGGUACCCGCCUCCCACUACGAGGAUAAAGCAGCCCCUACCUAGUGAUCCGAGGAGAAGCCACUGCCCCCUGCCUUUGGUGAUUAUCUUUGUAAACAACAUCGUACCUUUAUUGACAGCCACUGCGUGCCAGGCAGGCACACUCAAGUCUCCCUCAGGCAUCUCCUGAUUCUAGACAAACGGAGCUUGAGAAACCGCACAGGUCAUUUAGUCCACCCCUCCACACUACACCGGAGGAAACAGGCCAGACAGCAGGCCAGGGCACCCCCUGCCUUGGAGUGACCCUGGUCUCCUGGUCGCCGCCUCCUCCACUUGCAGGGUGACAGCCCCUGAGGAGCCUUGAGGGGACCUGCACCCCAGGUGUCCCUGCCCCAGGUCCAUCGGGGUGGGGAGCUGGGACUCACUUGCAUUUUCCAGACUGCUGGCCCAAGCGCCCCUCUCCACGGCGGGCACCACGACGAGGGCAUCUCUGAGUGUGCCGUGCUGGCACGAUGAGGAAUUCAAGACCUUUGACAAAUACUGACACAGAGAGCCGUGUCGUCAGCCAAGGAAGAAGAAUGAAGACUUUCGGGCCAGAGGCGGUGGCAGGCAGAGGUCGAGUGUGCAUCUCUGAUCGACUUUGGGACUGACCGUCACAGUGACCACGGAGACCCUUCCUGAGAAGGAAGCGGGCAUCGACUGCUCUGGGAUUAGAACAGGACCGCUUAGACGCGGAAAGAGGAUUGCGGCCUCUCCUAUCGGCAAGGGGAGACAGGCGAUUGUCCCAGUUAAGUCCCUCCUUUGCUCCAUCCCCAGGGCUGACUCUCCCAGUGCCUGAGAACUGAACAGCUGGACCAGAGCUGAGCUGCGACGACUUGAGACGGACUGUGUGUGUGUGUGUGUGUGUGCGCGCGUGUGUCUGAGAUCCUGGCCUCUCCCCCGGCUUUGACCGAAGUCUCAGUGGGCCUGGAGGGUUCUGAGUUUUAUGCUUGUGAUGGUAGUUGGGUCCUCAAUUCUCAAGUCACCAUUAGUCAGUCUCAAGUCAGAUUUAGCGUUUUUACUAGGUGUCCUGCAUUUUAUCUGGCAGCUCUACCUCAGAGCCAGCAGGAUGUGGGACCCAUGUCGGGAACUCUGAAGGAGUCUCUCUUUUUCCCUGGGACAGGUUUGGCUUUCCCUGGAGGGGUUGUGGCCCAUCUUAGCAGCCCAAGGCCCAGGGUCUCUCUCCAGCUGCCCUGGCACCCUCACGCCCUGUGUCCUCUUCAUCUCAACUCUCUACCACUUGUGCCCGCCCUCGGUUCCUUCCUCAGCCUCCACGUCUACUUCUCUUCCUUUUCUGGCCCUGGGAAACCCCAGGUUCUUACAUUUUUGGGAAGAAGCCCUUGUGAGGAACAUGGGUCUGUUGACUUCUGUGCCUGCCCAAGAGGCGGUCCCCAAUGUCCCUGUGAGGUUGCUGGGCCUCCUCCUGCAUCUUCCUCUUUGUCUCUCUGCUCUGAGACCCUUCAUCUGGCUGGAGGGGGCUCUGAGAGGCCCCUGACUCUCCCCUCGGGCAGAGGCCGCGGUAACGUGGGCAAGCUCACCAUUUGAUUUUCAGUUUCAAAAAGCUCUCUUAUUCCCUGAAGAUUUCUUUUAAAGUCAAUCCUAUUUUAGUUUUGGCAGAGUAACAUCCCUUGUUUUUUGAAAUAUGUUAAUUUUAUGUUUUAAAUUGUUGUUUUAGUUUUUUUCUGCUCCUGCGUUGUCUCUGUUCCCUGAGUCCUCUCUUCUGCAUGUUUUGGUCUCUUUUUCCACAUUGAGACUGCUGCGUCCUCACGGAACCCCACUUCCUCCUCCUCCCAGACACACAGAGAUCACCAGUGUCCCCUGCAGGGAAGCAGGGCCUUGAAAUACAGAAGUCGUGAUGGUGACUUCCAGGCCAGGCCCUAAAUUCUAUCCCCACUGCAUCCUCCACGUUCUCCCUCUUGCGCCCCCUGUUGGCCGGAUGCUGAGAAUCCAGCGGAAGCCCUAGGGGAUGGUGAGGUCAGGUCCUGAGACAGGAGGAGCCUGGACCCGGAAUCAUCUCACGGAGGGCCACCCACCAGACGCCCAGGAGGCGCCUCUGUAAGCCAGAAACCAAGUCUGCUGUGCUGCUCCAAGGGGUGCUGUGCUCUGUCAGAGCAGCGAAACUAGCCAAACGGAGGCUUUUCCCAAACAUCCUCACAACGCGUCAUCAGUAACGAGUGAGAGAUGGGUGAGGUGUUUGAAGACUGUGCGUCAGGGCAGAGUCCUCUGAGCGAUGCCUCCCCCAGCCUUCCCCGGAUCCACAGCCUUUCUCCAGCCAUCUCUCCAGAAAAUGAAUUCCGUGCCUGUUCGGCCAGUGGAGGAGGGAACCUAGGAGUCUAACUGCUCCUCGCACAGGCCUUCAGAAGUCCCUCCAGAUUCAGCAAAUUCCUCCCGCAUUCACUCUCACGACCCUGAGAGGAGGUCCGCUCUCAAGGUGGCGUGUGGGAACUGCCUGCGUGACCACAGAGCAGCUUGGGUGGGGCUGGGGGUGGGAGCCCCAGCGCCCGGGUCAGGCCUGGUCUGGCUACAGGGAGACGUUGCUCCCAGGACAUCGUCCAGCCCCUUCCAUGAGCAUCGUAUUCUGUGUGGAGUCACAGCCACGCAGGUGCCCUGCACACAGUGGGGAGAGCCGGGCCUCUGUGCUCUGCACCCUCAGCCCCCGUCACUGCCUCUGUCCCCAGAGCUCCAAGGGACACCUGGCCCCCGUGUUCCCGGCAGUGAGUGCCAGGUGUGCACGAUGUUCAGGACACAUCCACCCGGGCAACCACCAGGGUAAGGGACCUGCUUGUGUGGUUCCUUCCCCGACUGAGGCUCCUCAUUCAUUCACUCAUUCAUUGGAGCACCCCCUGCAUGCCAGGCACUAGUCUAGGCACUGGGUAGACAUCAGUCAGCAAAGCAGAGCAAAUCCUUGCCCUUACAGAGCUGACAUUCCAGUGAGGGGGACAGUGACCAAAGAAAUCAGUGAUAAGUAGCUGACUAUAAAUGCCAUGAAAAGCACAGUAAAGCAGAAGAAAAGGGACAGGGGCUCCUGGGGAUGCGGUGUGGUGGGCAGCAGGCACUGCUAGUGACGGUGUAUUUUGUACAGGGAAGUAAGGAAGACCAUUCUGAUAAGGUGACACUUGUGGCAGAAAACUGAGGAAGGGGGGUGCCAGCCUAGCAGGGCAAGACAACUCUGGGUCAGUGGAGCAGCGAGUGCAAAGGCCCUGAGGCAGGAGCCCAAAGCAGAAUCCUGACACUCUUCUGGUCAGCAGGACCCCUGGGCUCCCAGAAUCUCUUUCUUCCUCCCUCCCCAUGGCUGUGUAGGAAAUAUCAGGCCGAUUUUAAACAUCUCAGCUCCCUGAGAUGGGAUCAAGGGCUGCUUAGCGGAGGUCUGUUAGGCAUCCAUUCAGAAAGUUCCCGUUGAGUGUUUAUUGGCACCCACGCUAAGCACUCAGCAGUCCCAGGACAACACCGCUGCCCAGGAGGUACACAUGGCACGGUUUUGCCAGGUGCCCAAUAGCUGAGUGUUCAGAUUUGCUGAAGCCAAAUUCCACCAUCACGGAAGACGUUUCUGAGACACAAAAACACACUGGAAACGCUAUCAAGAAGACAUGCACUUAUGGUACAAUUGCGCUAGUUAAUGUGUAGGUAGUUGAGUUUUGCAAGUAAACAUAUGACACAGGAACAACACUCUCAGCAUGGUCAGCGGCCGGCAGUGUUCCUGCGGCUCCAUACGCACAGGGCCUCCAGAGCCGGGCUCACGGCUGAACAAGGGAACCACUCUUGUGCCUCCAGCUCCGUGACAAGGCCAUGCCCGCCUCCGCCGGAACAGAAGGCGUUUGAGUCCUGCCUACUUAGCUCCCGAGGGUGCAGUGCUGGCAUGGUCCCUGUAGAAAGGUGAGUAGUCCCAACACCUGGAGCCCGGGAAUGUAGCCUAAUUUGGAAAGAGGGUCUUUGCAGACUUAACUGAACCAAGGAUCUUGAGUUGAGAUCACUUGGAUUAUCCAGGUGGGCCCUAAAUCCAAUGACUUGUGUCCUAAUAAGAGACAGAAGAGAAGAAGACACAGGCAGAAGGGGAGGCCUUCUGUGUGCAGACAGAGGCAGAGACUGGAGGGAUGCUGCCACAAGCCAAGGAGUGCCUGCAGCCACCGGCAGUUGGAAGAGACAAAGCGGGAUUCUCCCUACAGCCUCUGGAGGGAGCUGCCGACUUCUUGAUUUCGGACUUCUGGUCUCCAGAGCUGUGAGAGGAGAAAGGUACCGAAACCUUAAGAUUUAAAGGGAAAACAGUUCCGCAUAAACAAGUGGAAGCUAAUAGACUGACAAAUUCUUCUGCUUCUAGUGAACUUCCUUCUCCCCAGCUCUGUGAACUCUGUGUGACUAAUAUGUUGUGCAGGAAACCGCAAUCCAGCAUGGGAGGGGGAGGUGUGCAGACACACACACACGUGCACACACACACGCCAAACCCCAGGAAACAUGGAGCCUCCCACUGCAGCAAAAAAGUGAACAAGCAAGAAGUGUAUUUACUGAAACACCCAACUAAGAGAAGAUAUAUGACGCUCGCAUUCCAGAAUUUUAGCUUCCCGCUCACACGAAUGUUAGUUCUCGGGUAAAGCAGUUCAAAUCUGGGUCUGUCUUUUAAGUCCACCACGGCUGUUUCGUGUGACUGGACGUAUUUCUGGCCAGGUACACCCGAGUUCCCUUCUGACACGUUAAAACUUUUCUAUCCCUGAGAAUCUUGGCUUCUCAUCUCACCACACAGGUUAAAGGUGAGACUUGAGGAUGGUUUAAGUUCUGCUCGGUGCCAGAGCUGUGGAGCGUGUGACCAAGACAGGAAACCAUUCAAGGCGUCUGGGGUCUGGUGAGGCCAGACCAAGGGCUGGGGGCUCAGAAGAGCAGAGCGCCCUGAGGGCAGACCCAGCCUCACUGUCUGUACCACCAAUGGUCGGAGACAGGGCUGGCAUCAGGGGCUGCACUCCCGAGCAGUUACACGAGGCCCCAAACUUACAAGGGCCGCAUGCUUGGUUUAACGUUCCCAUGUCAUCAUCUUGAAAUUCUUAAUAAUUCUGGAACCAGGGCAUUUUCAUUUUGCUCUGGACCCUGCAAGUAGCUGGUCUUGUCCAGAGAAGGCCUAGUCAUGCCGGUACCACUCGAGACCACCCAUGCCGGCCACAGGAAAUUGGCAAUGUGUAAAGGGGACGAGUUGCAUGGAAAAUCUAAAUGGAAAUUAGCCCAGACUGGUGCCAGCGUCAGCUAUGCUGUGCUUUAGAGAAUGGCAGGCCUGUCAGCUGUGGGUGAGUAAUGAGAAGGUCGUUAUCUUCACAUGGAACAGAAACAGGAACUGCAUAUUCAAAUGUAUUUUAUGAGGAUGAACUUCAGCAAGUUUUCAGCACCAUAGUCAACUGGCCACAUGAUGCCCUGAGCUCCCAGCUUCCCCCAUUUUCUGACAAGCUCUGAGGACAGAACCGAAAGGCUGAAGAAGGAAGCAGAGAAGUGCCAAGAAGAACAGAAGAGGGAGACGGCUGAGCGGACCCUCGGUGAGGAGGCUCCAGCCUCAGGCCCAGCUGCAGCUGGAGAGAUCACCCAGGGGGACGGGGCCAUGUGGCUGCCAUCAGCUCUCCUGCUUCUCUGUGUCCCAGGCUCUGUGUCUCUGAGUGGCCCCAGCAUCGUGACAGGCACUGUGGGGGAAUCCCUGAGUGUGCAGUGUCGGUAUAAGGAGGAAUACAAGACAUUUAAAAAAUACUGGUGCAGACAACCGUGCUUGCCACUUUGGCAUGAGAUGGUGGAGACCACAGUGUCUGAGGUAGAGGUGAGGAGCGGCCGAGCGUCCAUCGUAGACCACACUGGGGACCUCACCUUCACAGUGACCUUGGAGAACCUCACUGCAGAGGACUCAGGGAAGUACAGGUGUGGGAUCGCAACGAUACUGCAGGAGGAGGGGCUGCAAGGCUUCCUGCCUGAUCCCUUUUUCCAGGUUCAGGUGUUGGUUUCCUCAGCCUCCAGCAACAAGAGCUCUACGUGGACACCUGGACAUUCCAGCCAACACCAAGGGUUCCUGCUCCUCAUAUUCCUGAAGGUGCCCCUGUUCCUGCUGAUGCUCAGUGCCGUCCUCUGGGUGAACAGGCCUCAGAGGGCAAUUUGUGGAGAAACAGAGCCAGCCUGACCAAGAAAACCUGCAGCCAUCCUCGCCCAUCAAUAUCUUGUGCAGAGACGCAGGCACGCAGACUAGAGAAGAAGGAACUUCAGACGCUGAAUCUGAUAUCCCUUUUCACCCUGUUGCCAGAGACUUUUAAAACAAACUUUUAAAAAUGUUUUAAUGAAAUAUAUCAUAUACACAAAAGCAUCUAUAAGAUGUAUAUGUACAGCUCA